CAAUAUAUUACAGUCUAGGGCUUGCUGCUGAAAAGCCUGCUGGAUCUUCCAGUGACCUGCUGUUCUUUCCUGCUUUCCUGUGUUUUUUUUCCCCCUCUUCCUCUCCCUCUUCUAGAUUUAGAUUAAAAACAAAGCUCUCUCUCUCUUUCUCUUUCCCAUCCUAAUUUUUUUUACUCUCCUUUUUUUCUUUUACACUCUCAGCCUGGCUGGAGGAGAAGAAGAAACCCCUUCAGUUUGUGUCUCAGUGUUGCAAGAGGAAGUCGUCUGAUUCCAUUCGUAUGGAGGUGUGUGCUUGGACCUUGUUGGUGUGCUUUGAGGAAGGACACAGAAGGGACACUCGGAUGUGACUGCGGCUUCAUCAGAGCAGCUUUCAUCAGACUCAUCAGAGAGCACAGAGAGAGGAGGAGGACAGCUAAGAGUGUUACUUUGACUCCUUUGAGGAGGAAGGAGGAGGCAGGAGGAGGAAGGUGGAGAAAGAAGGAGAAAAGGUGAAGGAAAAAAGUAAGCACUGGGGAGUUCUUGUAAAAAGAUUUUUUUUCCCUCAUCACGACCUUCUUGGAUGCACUUGAGUUUGUCCAGACUUGGAGACUAAAGCCAGGUUCCCAACUCUGGAUCCUGGGUUACGUCUCUGAUAAACCUUCUCCUUCAGAGGAGUGUAAAGAGCUGAAGGAGCACCACAAUCCAUCAGAGUCCUAACGAGCGUCUCUGCACUGACCAUGUACCCACAGGGUAGACACCCGGUUCCACUGCAGCCAGGCCAGUCCUUCAAGUUCACUGUGCUGGAGACACUGGACCGCAUUAAAGAGGAGUUCCAGUUCCUCCAGGCCCAGUAUCACAGUCUGAAGCUGGAGUGUGAGAAACUGGCCAGUGAGAAGACUGAAAUGCAGAGACACUACAUCAUGUACUAUGAGAUGUCUUACGGACUUAACAUAGAGAUGCACAAACAGGCAGAGAUUGUGAAGCGGCUCAGCGCUAUCUGUGCUCAGAUCAUCCCUUUUCUCUCUCAGGAGCACCAGCAGCAGGUGGUGCAGGCUGUGGAGCGGGCCAAGCAGGUCACCAUGGCAGAACUCAAUGCCAUCAUCGGGCAGCAGCAGCUCCAGCACCUGUCUCACCACACCCCAGGCAUCCCGCUAACCCCCCACCCAUCAGGCCUGGCCCUGGGGGGCGCCUCGGGCCUCUUGGCUCUCACCGGGGCGCUCGGCGUUUCUGCUCACUUGAGCAACAAGGACGAACGCAACCACCUGGAUGCUGAGCACCUUCGAGAGGGUGCACCCAGCAGGAGCAAGUCUGUGUCGUCAACAGACAGUCAGGCGAUAGAGGAGCGUCAGGGACCCUCGGGAGUUUUCUCCUCCCACACCGGCAACGAUGCCAAGAGGAGGCGCUGUGACGAUAAAGACGGCCCAUCGCAUUACGACAGUGAUGGGGACAAGAGUGAAGACAAUCUAGUGGUAGACGUCUCCAAUGAGGACCCGUCCUCCCCUGUGGGCAGCGCUGCUCACUCUCCUCACGGAAACGGCUUGGACCGAGCACCUACGCUGAGGAAGGAGCUUCCCAGAUCUCCGAGUCUCCCUCCUGCCCCCUCACCACCAGAUCACAGCCCCACUCCAGGCAAGAGCAAGGACUCGGGACAGACAGAGAAAUGUCAGUCGCCAUCUUCAAAGUCCGGCAGUAGCUCCCCGUCUCACCGUGAGGCCCUCACCCCCGGCCCCAGCACUUCCUGUCUGCGGCUUGUCACUAAACCCGCCUCCUCAGCAGAUCCUAUGGCAGCUCUGCGAAGUCCCCUAUCCAUGACCUCGGCUUCUUACCCGGGACACUUCAGUGUCAUGUCUCACGCCGGACUCAACGGAGAACUCGCCAGUCCAGGAAGUUUCGGUGGAUCAAUCACUCUGUCACCCCAGAUCAGUACUGCAGCUAGUGCCUACACACGCAGCCCUAUGGUGGCGUAUGAAUCGCGCUCUCACCUCAGGCCCUCAGGGCUGUCCUCCUCUCUGCCUGGCUCCAGUGGGGGCAAGCCUGCGUACUCGUUCCAUGUGAGUGCAGACGGACAGAUGCAGCCUGUACCCUUCCCUCCAGAUGCUCUCCUGGGCCCAGGCAUCCCACGCCAUGCCCGGCAGAUCCACACGCUCAGCCACGGGGAGGUGGUUUGUGCCGUGACCAUCAGCACCUCCACACGCCACGUCUACACUGGCGGGAAAGGCUGCGUCAAAGUGUGGGACAUCAGCCAGCCGGGCAGCAAGAGCCCCAUGGCCCAACUUGACUGUCUGAACAGGGACAACUACAUCCGUUCAUGUAAGCUCCUCCCUGACGGAAGAACUUUGAUCGUCGGAGGUGAAGCCAGCACUCUGUCCAUCUGGGACUUGGCCGCACCCACUCCACGCAUCAAGGCCGAGUUGACCUCCUCGGCUCCAGCGUGCUACGCGCUGGCCAUCAGUCCAGACAACAAGGUCUGUUUCUCCUGCUGCAGCGACGGCAACAUCGUGGUGUGGGACCUUCACAACCAGACCCUCGUCAGGCAGUUCCAGGGCCACACUGAUGGAGCCAGCUGCAUCGACAUCUCCAACGACGGGACCAAACUGUGGACUGGGGGACUGGAUAACACGGUGCGCUGCUGGGACCUGAGAGAGGGACGACAGCUCCAGCAGCACGACUUCACCUCCCAGAUCUUCUCCCUAGGAUACUGUCCUACAGGAGAAUGGCUAGCAGUGGGCAUGGAGAGCAGUAAUGUGGAAGUUCUUCAUGUCUCCAAACCAGACAAGUACCAGCUGCACCUUCAUGAGAGCUGCGUGCUGUCGCUCAAGUUCGCCUACUGCGGUAAAUGGUUUGUGAGCACAGGAAAAGACAAUCUGUUAAACGCAUGGAGAACGCCGUAUGGAGCCAGCAUCUUCCAGUCUAAGGAGUCUUCAUCCGUCCUGAGCUGUGAUGUUUCCCCGGAUGAUAAGUACAUAGUCACCGGCUCUGGAGAUAAGAAGGCCACAGUGUACGAGGUGGUCUACUGAGCACACGCAAGAGAUGGAUGGAUGGAUGGAUGGAUGGAUGGAUGGAUGGAUGGAUGGAAUGAAUGAAUGAAAGAAAGAAUGAGUUGAAAGCGAAGCACUUACCAGGAGCUUGUUCAUACCAGCUUUGGUGGGCAACCAUGGGUGCUUUUUGCAAACAAUAUUCCCCUGCUUCAUCUCUCAAGUACCAUUAAAGCCUCUCCCCAAGCCCAUUCCAUCUCCUGUGAGCAGGAAAGAGAGAAAAGGAAGAGAGGGACAAACAGAACGAAUAAACAGAGGGCGUAUAAUUAGCAGAGUGUGUAGAUAAAACGCUCAGUGGUGAGGAGAAAGCUCACAGGAGACGAGGUGAGCACUUAGGGAGCUUCAGCUCACACAAACAUACACACACAUAGCAGACAAUCGAUACAUUAUGGUAAGAAAAAAAACCACACACACACACACACACACACACACACACACACACACACGCAGUAAUGGGCCCAAAUGCAGCAGAGCUCGUUACACAACACCUCGGAGAGCCGAGAAACCGGACUGCAGCGUAGCGUCUUCUCCGGCUUCACAAACCUGCUCCGGUACGAAGUUACCGCUCCAAUUAAACACGCAUAUGUUCUGUUCGCAUCCGGCGUUUCCGUCUCCUGUGAGAGAACCUCCCUGGAGACCAUAAUGAGGAGCAGCUGGACCUCUCAGUGGGCUUCAUGUUGAAAACAUUAGACAGCAGCAUUUUCCAUUUUUAUUUCCAUUGAGAACAUUUUUACACGUGCACGUGCACGAGUGAACCAGCGUUUACGUGCUCUGGAAAAGCUCCAGAAACGAGAACUACAGAUCCGUGUUUGUGUUCCUGCUACAACUCGAGAUGCUUUUUACGUGCAAAAUCGCUGAAAAACGAACACACAGCUGAAGUGGAUGUUUGGAUUGUUGGAAUUUCACUGAUUAAAAAAGCCAAUGAUUCAAAAUACUCAUAAAUAAAAACAUCAAAUUCUACACUUA